CUAAAUUCCUAAUCCGAAGUUUUCGCCUUCUCAGUAGUCACUACCUUCUCUCGACGUCCAUUAGACAUUACUCCAGAUCGGUCUCGGAAAAAAGACAACUCCAAAAACAAAACUUCUUUCUUUCCAUAUAUAAAAACACAGAAAAAUAAAAGUCUACUUAGAGAAAAUUAAAAUGUCUCUCAAAAAUUGACGAUUGUUUGUUCUAGUCGAAGAAAAAAAAUGAAGCAAGAUCACUCCUUUUAUUUUCUGCUGCUACUCCUCUUUAAUCUCCUUCUUCAAUCCUACUCUGAAAAAUCAAAUGGGGUCUGUGUUUCUCCUGGAGGUCGUUUUCGCCCAUUCUUAUCAGAAGGGAAACCUCCUAGAAGCACUAGAGAUUUGACCCUGUGCAGGAUGUAUAAAAGAAACACCUGUUGUGAUGUGUCACAUACACAUUCUGCUUUGCUGUCUAUAAGGAAAUUGGCGUCAACAGGAGAAGCAAACCAAGAGUGCUUGCACUUAUGGGAGGUAUUGGAGUGCUCUCUUUGUGACCCAGAUGUUGGUGUCAAGCCUGGCCCUCCGGUGAUAUGUGCCUCUUUUUGUGAAAGAGUUUUUAGAGCUUGUGCCGAUGCAUAUUUCUCUAUGGAUGCUAUAAAUCAGGUUCUUUCACCCUGUGGAGUAGGAGACUUUGUAUGUGGUAGGGCCUCUGAGUGGCUCCAUAAUGGUACAGAACUUUGCCGUGCAGCAGGUUUUUCUGUUAAAACAAUAAGAGAUGCAGGACUUAGCGUUGAGGGAGCAUCUUGCUACGGUGGGCAAGCAAGUCUAGAUUCCAUUGCAGAUUCAUGGAAGAGAUCGCAAACCAGCACCUCUCCGAACAAUGUGCACAAUGGGUUGCUAGAAGAUUUCCAGCAGUGGGUGACAGAAAUGCCAUUCGCAGAACGAGUUUCUUGGGUAGUGGGAGGGUUGGUACUUACUGUAGGCCUCUUUUUUAUGAGUAAGAGGAAGCGCCACCGCCAACGACAGAUGCAAGCUGCAAUUAUACGCGCUGCUAGGAUUAGGCAAUUGGACUCCAAAACAGACCAAAGACCAUCAACCACUCAGGGUACUAGGAAGGCUGCUGUAAGAUAAAAUUAACCUCUAGAUUUCAAUCAAUCUCCUCUCCCCCUCCCUUGUUAGAUAGUAUUAUUGAUUUAGUCAUAUUUUUGUAAUCCUCGGAUUUUUUUUCCUCUCUUUUGGCUACUUGUGUGGUUCACAACAUAGAAUAUAUCACAUGAAAAUUUUGUUUCGCAAUAUUAUCAUCUUUGUUUCA